AUGGAUGAUUAUACUCUGCUUGAGAAAGUUGGUGAAGGGUCUUUCGGAUACGUUUGGAAAGCUAAAGAUAAUCGACGUAAGGAAAUUGUAGCAAUGAAGCAGAUGAAGGAAUCAUGUACAUCGUUGGACGAAUGUCUUGAACUUACAGAAGUCAAGGCAUUGAUUAAACUCUGGGGCGAGCCAAAUAUCGUCAGAUUCAGAGACGUCGUCUUAGUGAAUCAAGUGUUAUAUUUGGUCUUUGAUUACGUAGAGUCCACUCUGCAUCACCUUAUAGAAGAUAGGAUCCAUCUUUGUACGGAGCCUGAGUUACGAGAUGAAUUAUUAAGGGUCAGGGUAGGCCUUUGUUCAGAACCUGAAAUACGAGGCUGGUCUCGUCAAAUCUUUUUAGCUCUUGCUCAGAUGCACCGGCCUGGUGGAUAUAUCCAUCGAGAUCUAAAACCAGCUAACUUGCUGGUUACUAAAGGUGGAGAGAUCAUAAAGAUUGCAGAUUUUGGUCAAGCUCUGGAAGUCGGAUGUCAAGCACCUUGUUCCGACUAUGUUACUACGCGUUGGUACCGCGCACCUGAAAUGUUGUUGAAUUCGGUUACAUACAACUCUGCUGUUGAUAUGUGGGCGGUGGGUGCAAUAAUGGCUGAAUUAUAUUCCUUUAGUGCUCUUUUUCCUGGUAAGAAUCGACAAGAUCAGCUCGAUCAGAUUUGCAAUGUAAUUGGAAGUCCAACUCACGAGUCCUGGGCCGAUGGAAUUCAACUUGCGAAUUCGUGCGGUUACAAGUUUCCUCAUGUACCUGUUUUUCAUGGUCUUGCUUCAAUGAUACCAUCUGCUAGUCCUGAGGCUAUAGAUCUGAUUAAAUCCCUUUGCUCUUGGGAUCCAAAAAAGAGACCAACAGCUAUGGAGGCUCUGCAGCAUCCUUACUUUGCGCCCAGUUUAUGUGAAUUACCAGAACCGAUGACAAGUGCAAAGUUAGAGCAGAGAUUAUAUCUUACUCAUAUUUGCCCUGGUGCAAAACUUUUAUUUGGCGCUUUCUAA